UAGGGUCACUUCCCUGGCACAUGGGGUACCUUUGCUUGUGCCAAAACCAUCAAUGCCCCAGGAUAAGGCUGAGACCACUUUCAGGGAAUGCUCAACCCUAAGGAGGACCCAGGGGCGGACUGACCAUUUGGAAACCCGGGCACUGCCCGAGGGCCCGGGAUACCCCUGGUAACUUUUUCUUAGGCUUUUUUGAGUUUGGGCAAGGACACAGGGGCCCCAUGAUCCCCUAUUGCGGGGGGGGGGUCAGUAGUGGACCCCAU